AUGGCUCCCGGUCGGAUCGACUACCCUCAAGACGUCCCGCUGGAGCACCCCGACGCAGCUGAAUAUAUCCCGCAAUAUCUCCACGAUAGCUUUCCCGACCCUGCUGGCAGACCAGACCCAAAGAUCAGGGAUGAUUUCUAUGGCACGCGGAGAAAGCUUCGGAUAGGCAUCUUAGGGGCUGGAAUAUGUUGUAUAAAUUUCCUCCAUUUUGCAGAGCAGCAGUUACAGGAUGUCGAAUACGUGGUGUAUGAGAAGAACGAGGAUGUUGGUGGCGUUUGGCUUACCAGCAAGUAUCCCGGGUGUCGUUGCGACAUCCCUUCAAUCGUCUACCAAUUCAGCUGGCGACCCAACAGGUUCUGGUCGGAGCUCUAUGCACCAGCGGCAGAAAACUUGGAAUACAUCCGUAAGGUAACAGAGGAGAGUGGCUUCUACAAGUACAUGAGGUUUCAGCAUCAGAUUUCGAAGGCGUCAUGGUCCGACGAAGAAGCGAUGUGGACGUUGAGCGUCGAAGACAUGAAGUCUAGCAGGAAGUUUGACGACAAGGUCCAUGUCUUCCUGGAGCUCAAUGGUCCUGUGAGCAACCCAAGACUGACGUCCAUCCGCGGUAUCGAAAACUUCAAGGGAGAAGUCGUCCACCCGGCGUACUGGAAUGAGGACACCACGGUCGACGGCAAGAGAGUGGCACUCAUAGGCUAUGGCUGUAGUGGCGUCCAAAUAGGACCGAACAUUGUUGACAAGGUCUCGAAGCUCUAUACCUGGUUUCGGAACAAAACUUAUAUCCUGCCUCCUCCGAACCAGACCUACUCUGCUUCUGGAGGUGCUAACUUCAAAUAUAGCGAAGAACAGAAGGCUCUCCUCGCAGACGCUGACGUGUACCUCGCGUAUCGUAAGGCUGUUGACGACGGCUUUUACCGCCGGUAUCCGUAUGUGAUCAACGGCUCGAAGACGUCACAGCUGGUCAAGGACAACACCGUCAAGUACAUGAAAGAAAAGCUCGCACACAAACCGGAACUAUUGGACAGCAUACUACCGGAAGACUUCGACAUCGGCUGUAGACGGCAGACCUUUGCUUAUGGCUACAUGGAGGCUCUCACGGAUCCAAGGACCACCGUCUUCACACAGGAGCCUAAAACGUUCACCGAGAAGGGCAUCUUGGACGGGGAUGGGAACGAGCACGAGAUCGAUAUGGUGAUAGCAGCCACAGGGUACGACCAAUCCCACCUCCCUCGUUUUCCCAAGCUUGUCAACGGCAGAUCCAUGAUUGAGGAGUGGUCCGACAUGCGCUCUCCUCCCUCAUACAUGGCGCUUAUGCUCAAGAGCAUGCCCAACUACUUCAACCCAUCGUCGGCCUUUGGACCACUACCACAAGGCAACUUCUAUCAGUCGGCGGAAGCAUUUUCGAAAUACAUGGUGAAAGCCAUCGACAAGAUGCAGCUCGACCGCAUCCUUUCCGUCACUCCAAAAGACAAAGCUGUCGACCAAUUUGUCCGACAUUCAUUAGCAUACCUGAAGCGCACGGCAGUCAUGGGACCCUGCGUAGCGUGGUACAAAGGCAACCAGUCGGACAAACCUCCAGCGCUGUGGCCAGGCGCAAGGAAUCAGUUCAUCAGGAUUCUGGAGACACCUCGCUUUGAAGACUUCAACAUUGUCUACGAAGACGAGGAGGAUAUGUUCGCUUAUUUCGGCAAUGGCUGGACGUUGCAGGAUGAUGGCGAUCCUGAAGCUGAUAAGACAUGGUAUAUGGGGCAGCCUAGCAAGCAUGUGGACCAAGAGACUAUCGACCGGUUGAAAGGCACUGACCCGAGCGUCACUGAGGUCGUUCAUGGGGUAGCGUCGAUGGCUGGAAUGGCAUCGUGA